AUGCUUUAUCGCGCUAGAUUCGCGGUCCAAAGUGCCCGGGUGGCACGAUUGGGGCAGUUUGCUACGGCAAGAGCCUUUUCUGGAACCAGACUAGUGGCAAAAGACAAGUCGGAUAAGCCAGACAAACCCGAUAAACCAGGACAGGGUGCUGACAAUGUUGAAAAGCCCAAAGACAAGUCUCCGGACAGCGCCGACGGCCCCAAAGAGACGGUGGAGAAGGCCAAGAAGGCCAAAAAUCUAAACGACGCUUUGGAGAAAGUUGCUGAGGAUAAUUUGCCGAACCGAGGAACCCCGCGCCUGAAAAACGGAGCCGUCGCAUUCAACCCCAAGAAGCCAAGUGGCUUUGGGGGCGCUAAAUCUCCACCUAACUCUGGCGUAGGCGCUUGGGAGCCCAAUGACACAGGCGAGCCUAUCACUAAAAACGACAAGAUCUUGCCGAUACAGCUCCAGUAUCGUCCAGUUCUGCCUGGCAUGGCGUCGCACUUUACGUCUCGCGACCCCAAGCUGAUCAAUGCGGUAUCCAAGUUGCAGGAGUCUCGGCAGUGGGACUCGCGUGUUGUUGCGGUAAUGUCGAAAAAGCAAAUUGCCACAACCCAGCUAGUAACCAACGUCGAUGAUAUCUACGAUGUGGCCUGCUGCUGCCGCCUCCAGACAAUCGUCAUGGCCCACAACUCCGAAAACCAGUUGACGCUUUAUGGCACGCUUUUCCCUUUGUUCCGCGUGCGGGUUGGAGAGCUUGUUGAGAAUGUCAAAGGUGGCACUACGAUCACCAGAUCUGGAGAAGAGCCUCUCGCUGCUGAAAGCAGUAAGGAAAGCCCGCUGGACGAGCUAACAGUGCAGCUAAUGAAAGGAGUUACUGCACUGCCCAACGAGCCCUAUGCCAUAAAUGAUGAGGAGGUUCAACAGCUCUGUCGCAAGAUCAUUGAUGGACUUAAUCAAAUGUCUGCCAUGUCUUCUAGCGUUAAGGCGGAGGUCGAGAAGUUCAGCCAGCUGAUCUCGACCGACCCUGGCAGUGACUUCUCUCAGCCCGAUUUCUUGGCCGAUUUUGCAGCAUCUCUGAUCCCCAAAAAUGAAGGAUUACAAGAAAUUCUCGAGAUUACCAAUAUCAAGGAACGGGUACGCCGCGUAGCCGAUCUUGUUGGCAAAGAAGUCACCUAUAUGCGUGUGCAGGAGGGAAUCUACAAAUAUGGCCAUGAUCAGACACAGCAGCGUAACCGUGAGAUGAUACUGCAUGAGUAUUUACGCUACAUCAAGAAGGAGCUUGGUAUGGAGGGUGACGACAAGACCAAGCUGGCAGACCGAUUCCAGGAACGAGCUGACAGCUUGGAAAUGCCCAAAGAUGUGCGACAUGUCUUUGAGGAAGAAAUCAACAAGUUCCGCAGUCUUGAACCCAAUGCUGGCGAGUACAACACUGUGCGGACUUAUCUCGAUUGGUUAACCCAGCUGCCCUGGGGCAAAUACUCCACCGACAAGUUUGUGAUUCGCAAGGCAAUGGAGAUUCUCGACAAGAGCCACUACGGACUGAAAGACGUUAAAGACCGUAUUCUAGAGUUCUUGGCUGUCGGAAAGCUGUCGGGCUCAGUUGAUGGCAAAAUCAUUUGCCUGGCAGGCCCGCCGGGUGUUGGUAAAACAUCUAUUGCCAAGUCUAUCGCGGAAGCGUUGGAUCGCAAGUUUGAUCGCUUCAGCGUGGGUGGUUUGUACGAUGCCAGUGAAAUCAAGGGUCAUCGUCGCACCUACGUUGCUUCUUUGCCAGGUCGAAUUGUCCAAGCCCUGAAACGGUGUCAGACCUUGAAUCCGGUUAUUCUCAUUGAUGAGAUCGACAAGCUAGGACGUGGGUCGAGCCAUGGUGAUCCAUCAGCUGCCCUUCUUGAAGUUUUGGAUCCCGAACAGAAUAAAAAUUUCCAAGACACCUACCUUGAAGUUCCCAUUGAUCUGUCUCGUGUUUUGUUUGUGUGUACCGCCAACAACUUGGAAGGCAUUCCCGCACCUCUGAUGGAUCGUAUGGAGAUUAUCAAUAUUCCUGGAUACUUGCCUGAGGAGAAGGUGUCUAUUGCCGAGUCUUAUUUGUCUCCUCAUGCCCGCAAAACCUCUGGGCUGGAGCACGCUGAUAUCACCAUAACACCAGAAGCUUUGCAACGGUUGGUUAGCAAGUACACGCGCGAAUCUGGUGUGCGUGGGUUGAACAAGACGAUCGAGAAGAUUUACCGCAAGCUGGCGUUCCAUUUCGUGCGGGAUCUCGAAGCUGAGGACCAGUCUGCCGAUGUGACCAAAGAUGUUGCGCCGGUUGCUGCAGUUGAGGGCGGCAAGGCAGAGUCCAAACCUGAAGCCAAGAAAGAGACUGAUGGCCCUGCUGCACAGAUCCCCGAGGAGCUUGUUCGUAGCCUCAAGAUGGCGGUUGGACCCAGCGAUCUCGUCAAGUAUAUCGGCGUGCCGUCACAUGCGCGUGACCGGCUGUUUGACCACUUGCCUCCCGGUGUGUCGAUGGGUCUAGGCUGGACACCGACCGGCGGAGUUCCGCUGUUCAUUGAGAGUGUGAUCCAAGAGGCGCUGUCGACAAAAUCGACACCGCGACUGACGCGAACUGGUCAAAUUGGCGAGGUCAUGAACGAGUCUACUUCCAUUGCAUAUUCCUUUGCUCGUAUGUACAUGACCAAGAACUACCCGCGAAACCGGUUCCUUGAUUUCGCCGUAGUGCACACCCAUUUCCCCGAGGGCGCCAUCAAGAAAGACGGCCCUUCUGCAGGUAUCGCGAUGGCAACCUCGUUGAUUUCGCUGGCGAUGAACCUGCCAGUAAACAACGAUGUGGCCAUGACUGGAGAACUGACGCUGACCGGUAAGGUGCUGCAGAUCGGCGGGUUACGGGAGAAGGCCGUGGCCGCCAAAACGCUGGGUGCUAAAACAAUCGUUUUCCCCGAAGACAACCGCGCCGAGUGGGAGGACCUGCCCGAGAAAGUCAAAGAAGGCAUCGACGCUCGACCAGUGCGCGACUUCCGCGAGGUGUUUGACGUUGCAUUCGGUGCAGUCGACCCUGCCCAGGUCAAUGCGGCCUGGCCAGAGCUCGCCAAAGAGCCGCUCCCCAGCGAGAACGCAGACCGUCCUAAACAGCUCGCUACGCCCUAG